AUGGCCAGCAAUGAUUCCCCCAAACCACAAUUCCUCGCGCCUCCUGCCGUGACAGCGCUGCGGCAGGAGGCUCGGAAUAUCGAUCCGAAGAUGACUCGAACAUUGAGCGAUAAUAUGCGAGAGGAACGUGAGGAUUUGAAGGAAGCGGCCGAACAGACAUUGAACAUCAUCGUGGAUAUGGACCUGGAGGGCUGCAUCAAAUGGGUCAGCCCAUCGUGGAAGCAGGUGGUCGGUUCAUCCCCUGAGUCAGUUGAGGGCCAUAUGAUAUCAGAAAUCUUGUUGGGCAACAAGGAUGUGUUUCGCGACGCAAUUGAAUCGAUGAGGCAGGAUGAUUCGCGGAGUCGCUUCAUUCGCUUCGCCCUGCAGAUGGGACCGGAGUCUGUUCUGAAGUACGCGCCUGAACCACCCCCGACGGCUACAGGGAAGCAAGCUCUCGGUGCAAAGGCGGAGGACACUGCUGAGAAACCGCAGGAGGAAGAGCAUCAUCAUAAUGUGCUCAACAUGGAGGGACAGGGAAUCAUGGUCUAUGACCGGACAGACGAUGAAGCUGGCCACACCAUGUGGAUGUUACGACCAGUUACCGAGCCAAGAGAAGUGACAAUCGAUCUGCCGCCUCUGCUGGUGGAGUCUCUGGGUGUUGGGGCGGAGGUGUUGGCAAAUUAUUUGACCGAAUUGGCUGAGGCUGCAGCGACAGAACCCGAUCCUUCCAAGCAUCCCGCCCCGACCCCUGUCCUCUGUCGCAUCUGUGAACGCCAGAUUACGCCAUGGUGGUUCGAGAAACACUCAGAUCUGUGUCUGCAGGAACAUCGGGCCGAGAUGGAUGUUCAAAUGGCACAGGAAAACCUCAAUGAGCAUCGUCAUGCCAUUGUCAAGGUCCUCGAUGCUUUAGAGGCCCGACAAGGCAGACCUCUAAUCGGGAGUGAUGGAAAUCCAGCGCCCCUCCCUCAAGCGGAGUACAAGGGAUUAGCCAUCGGCCCCUCAUCUACCAGCUCCGCUCCGUCGUCCGGCCCUGUUUCAAGCAGUAAUUCAGCGCCCGGCACGCCGCCUCGGUCGCGCGAACAUUCUGCGUCUGGUGCUAUUCCAAACCGACCACGGUCGUUCACAGUGCGGAGACCACUGGCUCGCAUCGUGGAGCUCGUUCUUGACCUGUGCGACACUUCACUGGAGAUUAGUAUGCCGAUGAUUAAGGAAUCUUCCCGGACAGACGCAGAGGACUUCCGGACGUUGUCACCUCAAUCUGAAUCGCGGAUCUCCCAGGUCCUUCAGUGGCAGUCCCCCAGCUCCAACACCUUGGAACAAGAAGAAGGUCUGGCCGCUUUGUCGGCAGACACCGAACAAGUUGCCAAGGCGAAGGUUGAUGCAGUUGUACGCCAUCGCAAGAUUGUCGAAUACGGCGAACGAAUUCGCAUAGAAUACACAGUGCUAGUCGAGGAAUGCAUCGGGGCAGCGCUAAGUAAAGCGGAGCGCAUAGCUGCUGGUCAGCUCAGUGAUUCUUCGUGCUCAUCCGAUGAAGAAGUGGCGCCCGAGAGCACUGUCGAGGGCACCGUCGCUCUCAGCGAUAACAAUAGUAUUGCCGAGGAAGAGUCCGUCUCCCAAAACACGAGCCAUGAAUUGCAACAAAGGCCGUAUCCAGCGGCACCCUCUCCGCGGCGACCGACGUCUGCCCUGACUCUGUCAAUGCGUAAUUCACCAGAUCGCUCAUUGCUGUCACAAUCGGAGCGCAGACCAUCCUCGGCCGCGGUAUCCACGGGAUCUAACAGCCCAUUAGAAUGCCCCACCCCGCGAUCUCAUAAAAGUGCUGCAGGAUUUCUGGGUACAUCACAGCCUUCUCGACUUGGCCUUUCUCUAGCGGAGAUUGACGCGGGAGACAGUAGCGAUAGCAGUCUGCCGUCCUCUGUCUUCCCUGGAGCCAUAAGAACAGAUUCGCCCUCAUCCGAGAGGAGCUUCGAUCGAAAGCGUCGGAGCCUGGUACUGCCUGGACUUUCGAGUUCUCCUCGUCGACAGCCUUCUCCUGCUCGAGUUUCAGGGCCGCAUUCCCCGUUGCGCAUGCCGAAGCCCCGUAUGUCUAGCGGUGGUGAAAGCAUGCCGUCCCCAAUGGCGUCUCCAUCUGCAUACGCAAAUGAAUUAGCUCUCCAUCACUGCCGCCACCAUCGCCGGCAGUCCUCGGCAACUUCUUCGGAUGUUACGAAGCCACCGCCAUCCCCACGCCUACCUUCGAUGAGCCAGCAACAGCCUCGGCCUGCUCCAUUGUCUAUCCGCGAUUUUGAAAUCAUCAAGCCAAUCAGCAAGGUUCUGAAGAAGGCCGACAUGAUCGCCAAGAAUCAGGUCACCAACGUAAAGGCCGAACGUGCCAUCAUGAUGUGGCAAGGGGAGAGUGACUUCGUUGCCAAGCUUUAUUGGACAUUUUCUAGUAAGGAUUAUCUUUAUUUGGUGAUGGAAUAUCUUAACGGAGGUGACUGUUCAUCACUGGUCAAAGUUCUUGGGGGUCUCCCCGAGGACUGGGCUAAGAAGUACAUCGGUGAGGUGGUGCUUGGAGUUGAACAUCUCCACAGCCGGGGCAUUGUGCAUCGCGAUCUGAAGCCCGAUAACCUCCUUAUCGACCAAACAGGUCAUUUGAAGCUCACCGACUUUGGACUUUCGCGUAUGGGGUUGGUCGGUCGUCAGAAGCGGGUGCUGAAGAACCCCGAUGAGUCUGCUCCUGAUCUACUAAAGCAGAACUCAAUUCCCCGUGCGAUAUCGAUUGCAUCCUCUCGAUCGGCCUCGUUCGACUUCCAGGCAAGCUCGUCACCCGGCUCUACCCCGCUAAUUACCCCGGAUGUGUCCGCCAAUGCCAUUCAGCCAUCCUACUUUAGCCUCAACCAGAGUGGAUUGAGUCGGCAAAGCUCUCGUCGAGCGUCGGGAUACCGCAGUGAUAGCAUGGGCAGUGAUGGUCUGAAUGGAAUGUUCAGGACAUUCUCGCUUAAUGACAAUGCUCACGAGCCUUCUGCCUCAUCGCCGAGUAUGUUUUCAACUAGCAUGGUUGAAGAAGAGGGCCAAAGUGAGGCUGGCGAGUCUCCUCGCCUUCAGCCCCUGCAGCCAACAUUCAGCAAUCCAAUCGCGCAAAAUACCCCUCCCCAGCAGAGUAUGAUGCCUCCAGUGAUGGCUCUUUUUGAUCCUGAAGAUCACGAUCGCCGAUUUGUCGGUACCCCUGACUACCUAGCCCCGGAAACCAUCAACGGCGUUGGGCAAGAUGAGAUCAGUGACUGGUGGUCAUUAGGAUGCAUCAUGUUUGAGUUCAUCUUUGGGUACCCACCUUUCAAUGCGGAUACCCCAGAUCAAGUCUUUGAAAACAUUCUGCAUCGCAGGAUCAAUUGGCCUGACGAGCCAGAGGAGUUGACUUCAGCAGAGUCGUUGGAUCUCAUGAACAAGCUCAUGACUCUCAACCCUCGUGACAGGAUUGGAGCCAAUGUAGACGAGAAGUUUCCAAGUGGCGGCGCUGAGAUCUGUAGUCAUCCUUGGUUGUCUGACAUUAACUGGGAUACACUACUAGAAGAUAAGGCGCAAUUCGUCCCCAACAUCGAGAACCCGGAGGACACAGAGUACUUUGAUGCCCGUGGCGCUACUCUACAAUCUUUUGCAGAGGAGUUAGAAGAUGAGAACUCGCCACAACCGGCAGCUUCGGCUGGCCCUGAUCGGCCUCAUGAUGCACUGUUCAAGGUCCGAUCCCAAGUUAAUUCUUCGAAACGACCGUUGAUGCCAUUGCACAUUCCUCCUCAUGUCCGGGAUGCUCGGGAUUCACGCAGUCGGAGACUAAGCGAACCGGCCAUGGCCGACGAUUUUGGCAGUUUUAACUUUAAGAAUCUUCCAAUGCUGGAGAAGGCCAACAAAGAUGUGAUCCAGAAGAUGCGCCAGGAGGCUCUCCAGGCGCAGCACCGACAACCCAGUUCGUCGUCAGCCGCUCAGACGUCCGGCAGUUCAUCUCAGCCGUCAUUGGAAGGGAGCCCACUGCCCAUGUCACUCCAGCGGACUUUGUCACAGAACAAGGGCAAUAAUCGACCUUCUUCCCCAUCAGGCCUGAGUCAAACAAACUCAUCUCCCAGCAGACCGUCGCAGCCAUCUUCUCCCCUCCUAGUUCAGUUCAGCACUGGGACUAACCAAGAACGGCGCAAAACGUCGGGCUCCUCAUCAGCCUCCCACCAAUCGAGCGGGACCUUUCAACCUUCCUCGGCUGACCAGGGCCGCAUGCCAAAUCUCAGAUUGGGUUCAGUGGCAUCCUCUCCUGUUAAAGCCAGCCGAAUUCCCUCCCAUUCUCCCGACAAGACGGGCAACAAUCAACGCCAUGGAAGCGUGCCAGCGAGCCGUACCCGGUCGCACACUAUUGGCUCUCAGGAUGGAGAUGCUUCCUCGUUCCCGAAAGAACCCUUCGUGCCCCAUCACCAUAAGCGCCGGAGUCAACUUUUCGAUAUCUCGCCUUCAUCUUCCGACAACGAGGAUCCACGCACAAAAGCACUUUUGAAGGUCCAACGUCGUCGACAAAGCUCUCGACGGUUGUCGCAAAUCAAUGAUCAUCCUGUUUCGCGGCUGGUCAUGGAACGCCUGUUUGAAAAACUUCGCUGCCGGACCAUUACCGUUACAAAUGGCGCGGAAGCCGUGAGAUACGCUCUCAGCGAGGUCAAGUUCGACAUCAUUAUGACUGAAUAUCGACUUCCCCAAGUCAACGGUGUUGAUUUCGCUCGAAUGGUGCGGGAGACGCGCAGUGCCAACAGGCAUACUCCGAUAAUCGCUGUUACGGGGUACUUGAAAGACCUCCCGGAGAAUCACAACUUCGAUGCCCUGAUCCAGAAGCCUCCGACCCUACCCAAGCUCACUGAGGCGCUUUCCCAGUGGUGUAUGUGGAAACCUCCUCCAACGGACUACUGUCCCUCCCAACCUGUUCCUGUUCCGGGUUCUGGUGUUCGGUCGACCUCUGUAACAAACGAGGACAGCCCCAGUUCCGCAUCCUCUGGGUUUGUCCUCAAUCCCCCCAGCUCUUACCGAGGAUCUAGCCGCGAUGAUUCGCUCAGCAGCAGUGUAUUCGGAGAUAUGGAGUCUUUUAAGCCCGAGGAGGUUCCAGUGAUCAUAAAUCGAAAUUCCGAUGAUUGGGAUCCAGGCCGCGGUGGAUUGGGGAUAUCCGAAGAGGCAGAACCCUCUGGGAGCCCAAAGCCCAACGCUGUGCCUGUGCCUCACCUUCUUCAUGCUGCCUCAGCACCCGCGGCCAUGGAUGCAGGCGGUGGACUCACACCCCGGAGGCAACGGUCAAGUGAGGCCAUUCGUGCCAAAAGGGAAUCCCUUGAGAAGAAGCGGUAUGAGGGCGCUGAGUCUGGUGACGAUGAAGACGAAGAGCUUGGCCAUUCCCAAACACGCCGUAGCCCGCCCUCUCGAAAUCGCCGUCCCGGAUCUAAACUGGGGAUUGAGAUGAUGCGGACCAACAGUCGGGGCAGCGUUGUCAGUGGCAGUGAAGAACUUUUGAAGAAGGAGAGGGAGGCUCUCCGGAACCAAGCCACGGACUCUGGCGAGAUCGGAGACAGCGAUGGCUCCUUGGGUUCCCCGGCCAGUACGAGCCUGGAAGAUCGUUUCGAGGCCCUCAGCAUCCCCGAGGAAUCGGAAGGCGAAGAACCCGCCAGUCCUCGCACGUCCCCUCCAAGGUUGAGAGCAUCUGCCUCUCAGCCUCACCGGCCAUCUCUGGCGCAUCAGGAUACCUCGAUCUACUCCGGACCUUCCCAGUGUACUACAUCGCAGACCAGCCCGGCAGUGUUGAGUCAGGGCCAAAUCACACCCCCCUGGGACUUGCCCCAGAGUGGUAUCUCAGAUCCCACUGCCCCGCCAAUCACGCCUGAAGUCAAGAUCUCCGGCAGCGGGGUGAUGCGAGACGCUGGUUCGGGCGAGGACGCCGACUGUAGCCCCACCCCCGAUGCUGAAGCUACGCCGCGACCUCUUCAUCCUUCCCCCGACCUUGAUCCGGAACAGACGCCUCGUCCACCGGAGCGACAUCGCUCGGACUUGAGCUUUACAUUCAAAAGAUAG